AUGGAUGCAUUCGCGGAAAAAAUGAGGAACUUCGUUGCGCCAAACCCUUCUCCUCGAAACCCACGCGUCAGCAGAGAGUCCAGCCAUGCAGACCUAAUCGAGGAAGGCUAUCAAGCCGACGGCCAUAAAACAUGGGGCUAUGUGAUCUACCGCACAACAUAUGAGAGCGAUGCAGACUGGGCCGACUUCAUGGGGCGCCUACGAUGGUGGACGACAGACGCUAUGGACUUAUUCAACGGUCAGGAUGUCCUGGACCGCAUGACAUGGACUGUCUUUGACGACCGCGAGCGCUUUGACGGCGCAGACACGGCGGCCAUCCGCCGCCACUUCCGUGCAUGGGCAGAGACAGCUGUACAAAUUGAGCAGCAGUCUGACGCGGUUGAUGCCCCUCCAGUCAGUCAGGGCCGCUCUCCACGCUAUAGAUACUGCAUACAAGUCGAUGCGGACGCACUGAAUUCCUGCGUGCACGAAGGUCCGCCACCACCUGACUGUAGGCAUGAGCAAGCGUGCUGGGUGAAAGUCAUUGACAAGAACUGGAUCCCGCGCCAUGAGAAUCCGAUAUUUGCUGGGAAACAGCCGCAUCCUCACGCGUACGACUAUGAGCCCAUCAAUGGCGUGACAGAAGAGCACAUUGGUUGGCUCAAAUCUCCGCUGUCCGCCGUCAUGACCGAGUACUACCAUCUAUUUCGCGAUCCCAAUGGAUGGAUGAUUGUGUACCGACGACCGCCAAAGGUAGUCGGGUAUGGAUGGGACUAA